GCCGCUGGUGAGGCCGGAUGUCUUCCGUUUGUGCUAAGAUCGUCCAGCUUUUGGGGCAGAAUGAGGUUGAUUACCACCAGAAGCAGGUGGUGAUCCUGAGCCAGGAUAGCUUCUACCGAGUCCUCACCUCAGAGCAGAAGGCCAAAGCCCUCAAGGGCCAAUUCAACUUUGAUCACCCGGAUGCCUUUGACAACGAACUCAUCUUCAAAACACUCAAAGAAAUCACCGAAGGAAAAACCGUCCAGAUUCCCGUGUAUGACUUUGUCUCCCACUCACGGAAAGAGGAGACGGUCACCAUCUAUCCCGCAGACGUGGUGCUCUUCGAAGGGAUCCUAGCCUUCUAUUCCCAGGAGGUCCGAGACCUGUUCCAGAUGAAGCUUUUUGUGGACACAGAUGCGGAUACCCGUCUGUCUCGCAGAGUAUUGAGGGACAUCAGCGAAAGAGGGAGGGACCUUGAGCAGAUUUUAUCACAGUACAUUACGUUUGUGAAGCCUGCCUUUGAGGAAUUCUGCUUGCCAACAAAGAAAUAUGCUGAUGUGAUCAUUCCUAGAGGUGCAGACAAUCUCGUGGCCAUCAACCUCAUCGUGCAACACAUCCAGGACAUCCUCAACGGGGGGCUCUCCAAGCGGCAGACGAACGGCUAUCUCAACGGCUACACCCCUUCCCGCAAGAGGCAGGCGUCAGAGUCCAGCAGCCGGCCACAUUGACUCCCGUGCCCCUGACUCCAAACCCCAGCCCCCCAGCUCCAAGACACAGGAGGGGUCAAGAGGCUCUGGUCACCUGUACAUACGCCUCCUCAGAAAAUUACUGUAUUUAAGAAAACACCACCACGGAGAUGAAAUGCCUUGAUUUCCCUUUCUGCCUUUUUUGUACUUUGGAACAGCAAAUCUUGACGGAACUUGACCCCGAGCAUAAGUGACAAACUGUGCCAACUAGUACUGGUGAUGCCGAAUUAUGAACCCAACGUGUAACCAGUUAUAAAUACACACAUACAUACGUCUAUAUAAAAAGAAAGGAUCUAUUUUUGUGUAACUGUACAGAUACUGUAAAGCUGUUUGCCAUAAGUAUCCUGUAGGAACCCGUGCGUGGGUGUCGGGCCUGGAGCCCCGCUCAGCAGUGUUCUGUGCUCCGGCCACCGGGGAGCCACGGGAGUCGGGUGGUUGAUUGGUUGCUGUCCCUUGUUCUCAGCACCCUGGGCCUCAGUGGGGAUGGGACUCAACCCUCAAGGGCUCCCCUGUCAGAUGCCACCACCUUGAAACUGGAGCUGAGGGAGAUACUUCUCUCUUUUUUUUUUUCCUGUUUUGUUUUGGAGUUGAAAUUAAGUGUGAUCUCAACUCCCCUCAAUCUCAGGGAAGAGGCCCACUGAGGAAGAUCAGACUGUCUGCGUUCCUUCUUGCCUCACUCUGGUUGCCUGGGCACCUCCAUGACUCCUUUCUUCCUGUGCUAUCUUUGUUCCCCAGGAAGCCAGAGCUGUCUCCAAUUUCCAGGUGGGGAUUUUUUUAGGGUCUCAUCCUGUGCGAAAAGAGAGAAGGGGAUGGGACGUGACUCUGUCUCCUGGAGAGUGUAAGGAACUAGCUGGCCAAUUGCCUGACACAUUAUUGGAUAAGAAUAUUUAUCUUAAUGAGCUUUGGUUAACGACAUCUGGUAUGGACCACUGACAUUUAUUUGAGGUUGCCCCAGGAGUUCUACCCAUGGAACUGGCAAUAGCUUUUUCUCCCGUCUGAGCUGGGGCUGUAUUGGGAGGUGACAGCCAAUGCCUCGCCCCCGGAGAUUCUCUUGAAGCAGCAGCAUCAGGAUGAUUUCCUGAACCACACUGUCACCGUGUUAAUAAGGUGGCUGCCUAGCAGGAAGGGGCCGGGAGAAGAGAAGUUAUUUCUUAGAAGAUGUUAAGGGAGGGUAGUUAAAUCAUGGGUACCCAAGCUGGGGUUUUAGAUUGAAGAUGCCCAAGGUAGAGAUCUUCAGCUCCUCUGAGCACUUCCUCGGUGGUGACUCCUGCCUAGAGGAGGUUGAUGGAUGGCUUGCUGAGAAGACAGCUGGAGGGAAUGGGACCAAGCCAGAAGGGACAGGUGUGAGGUAGAGGCCUCAGUCUGUGUUGGCUGCAGAAGAGCCGUGGAUUGUCAUGGUGGUGGUCACCGUCCUGCACUUUGUGGGCCACAUCCUCAACCCAUGGGAGAGCCUCAUGUCUGGGCAGCACUUGGAGCCCACUGAGGCUCUUACUCCGAUACUCCACAAACCGCACCGAGGUUCCCUCGAGCUGUCCCGUCUGAUUCCCCAAUCAGGAUUCAAAUUUGCCUUCAAUUCCGUUUUUCUAUUUAGGUGUCAUUAACCCAGUCCUCAGCAGAGCUUUGUCACUUUUCUGAGGCAGUAGGGGGCCGUGGUGCAGGCUCUGUAGCAAGUUCAUAUGCUGGUAGCUGCCUUUGGAGCAGGGAGCUCUCAGCUCAGGAGCCUGUGGGGAAGGCGCACUCACCAAGGCAGAUCCAUCUAGAGUAUUUCGGGAAGCAGUCUUUAUCACACCAACUUUGUGAAAUCCUGAGAUUAGAAAACGGUAGGUUAGGACCUGGCCUCAGAUCCUAAGAACAAGGACCUUGGCCUUGCUGGUCAGUGUUGCAUGUUGCAUGUGCUCAUGGGAAAAACUUAUUCCUGUGUACAAGAGCCUUGGCAGCUCAGUGGGUAGCACGCUCAACUUUACUUGAAGCUUCCAGGUGCCAAACCACUUCGUGCCUUGGCUGUCUAUCCCACUGCCGUGGAAAAGGGAUUCUUCUCAUCUCUGAGCCUUUACUUAGCUGCUCCCUCAUCUACCCAUGGUGUUGGGACCAAGCCUCCAAAACCUCUGAGCAGCCCACUUGGUGUAGCUUGGACACAGCUGUAGGACCACCUUACCCCUAUCUCCGUGGGAAGUUCUGGAUUGGCUAGAAGCAGCAUUUGCUGGGUAUAGGGGAGGGCUGGACGCUGUACUGUUUCCAGGCCGCCGCCCAGCUUUUGGCCAAUUGUGCAUUUGAACUUUCUCUAUAGGAAAUGUGGUCUGAGCCUUGAGGUUUUGGUUUUGCCAUUCCAUUGGAGAGCAGGGAGGUAAAGGG